AUGCCUUUCUUCUCACGCGUCUUCCGGGGCAAGGACUCCAGUGCCACCAAGAAACAAUCGAAGCCCACCGCUACCGCCGACCCAACCCCCGCGCGACCAAAAUGGACCGACGCCUGGCAACGUACUGAAAUCGCCCCCGAAGAGGUGGCCGAUCUCGUCAGAGGCUGUUCGCAGGAAUUGAAGGCGCGAGCUCUCGAUGUUCCUUUCCUCCUCCUACCUUUCCGCCCGACCUCCGACCCCAGCGCUGCCCGCACCUUCAUUCGCAACUACUUCAAUCAGUCCUUCGAGAGAGGGGCUCCCGUCGCUGGAGAUGGCUUGAUGCAGGAGCUACGGCUCAAUGAGCCUAUGGUGCUUUGCAGUGUCUUGAAAUGGUGUUGGAGUAGAUUGCCCGGAGGUAUCGUGACAUGGGACGCCUAUGAACUGUUCAAGGUUGGCGAACAAGAUUCGGAUCACGCCCUCGACGCCUUCUCUACCUUCAUUCCCCUGAGUGUGGACUCCGAUGCCCGUACUAGCAUUAUCAACGACUUCUUCGACCUUCUUGCUGCCAUUGCGGCGCACGGCAAAUCCAACGGUCUUGGAGGACGCAAGCUUUCCCGCUAUGCUGGAUGGUGGGCCUUCGAGCACAGUGAUACCGGCGGUGGCUUCGAGGCCUCUUACAAAAAUUGGGCUGCUGCUGCCGAUGCCACGAGCCAUCUCUUCUUCGCUUAUCUCCUCACAACGACCAAGGUUGUCAUGAUUGUUGACACCGUCUCUCCCACUCCUUUCUCGCUGCUCCGUCGUGCCAAGAACUUUGAAUACCGCGACGAACACUGGAAUCUACAGGAAUUCUCCAAUUACGAGGACCCUGUCAAGGCAUUGACUGACGAGUGCCUGCGUGUUUUGGGAUGUAUUUCUUCCACGAAUGAGUCUAGUGUCUCCAGCUCGAAGCAAUCCACUAGCCUUCGCGACGCAUCCUGGUCGAGAUUUGAGGAUAUCGGAUUUGGCGGUGCCAUUGACUCUGAUCCCGAAGAUGAGGAUCAUAGGGCCCCAGCUCCACCCAAGAGCGAACCGGCAGCUAGCCUGAGGACCUCGCCUCGGUCCCAGGGUGGUGACCUUGGACGUCCCACAACCCCAUCCUGGGCAGACUUCAUGUCUUCCGGCUUCGCGGAUGAGGGAAACCUGAAACAAAAUGUUACACCCUUGCUGCUAACCCCGGACAAGAUGCUUCCUCCAAUUGCUGCCACUCGUGGCAUGAGCUCCCAGUCCCACAAACGCCAUUUAGAUGCCGAACCCGCUUUGGAACCGGCUGAGUUGGCCAGCAUCAACACCUUCGAUCUGGAUGACUCGUUCUGGUGGGUAUGGAUCACCAGUCUGUCUAGCGACGAGCCUCUCGCCCGCAAGGCUGUCUUCGGCCGGUGCGCACUGCUCGAGACUGUCAUUCGGGGGACCAAGUGGCUGGUCCUGGAAGAGCAGGUGAAGGGUGCCGCCCCAGAGCCAGAAGCUGGCGCACAGUUCGUUGAGAAGAAGAGCUUCUUCAGCUUCGGAAGCCGUAAGGGCACAAAGCUAAACCGCCGCAAGUCAUCGGCCAAGAAGGUUUCCCCCAUUGAGGAGUCGUAUAAACGUGCCAACAACCAAGCUCCUCAGAGCAAGUCCAGCAUUGGGCCUGAUCAACACAAGCGCAUUCAAGCUGCUGCUGCCGCCCUCCAGAGGAAGCACCGCGAGGAGGCUGAAGCUAAAGAUAACAAUGUUAACUUUGGCCGGGAUAACUUCUCCACCAAAACUAACUCUGUUUUGACGCUUCAGCCGGGCAUUGUCAAUGAAGCUUCCUCGGCCAUGAAAUGGACCAAAAACUAUGACAAGAACGCCUACCGUACCGCCUACCUGAGUGAUAUCCGUGCUGGUACUGGCGCUGUCUCUGGAAAUGGAGAACCUAUUGAGGCUGCCGACACUAUCGAGCCCAGAACUCUACCAUACCCCCCCGCUGCCCUUCCUCCCACCACUUCUAGGAAUGGCCCCCCUCCUCCUCCUCCCAAGGACCCUGCCGCCGUGGCAACGCCUCUGCCGCCCUCUCCGGAGCCGGCCAAGAAGAUCUUGGAAGAGCCAACCCCACAGCCUGAGAAGAAGGGUAACGCGAAGACUGUCGUCAUCGAGGACCCCGUCGACUCACAACCCAAGCAAUCCUUGGACGAGUCGAACAAGAAGCUGAAGAAGAAGACCGGUAACAAUGGCUUCAAGAACAUGUUCGGCACCAGCAAGAAGAAGACGACCGAGCAGCCUGCCAUGAAGAGCACCGGUGCCAAGGAGACCUCUUCUGUUGCUGCUGCUCGCGCUGCCCUUGAGGCCAAGGCUGCUGCUGCUCAGGAAUACAGUGCGCCCUCCCCUCCCAAGCCUGCCGUGAAGAAGAAGCCCGUUCCCGAGAAGCCUAGCACCCCCCUACCUGCCCCGGCGCCCGAGAAACCAUCCACUCCUCAGCAGGCCCCCGAGUCUCCCGAGCAGCCUCGUGUUCCCAUCUCCCCUGCCAACACUGCUGGAAGCGGUCCUCCCCAGACCCGCCAUGCUGUCGAGUACGAUGCCCUCUCUCGUGUGGAUACGAACGAGCGCAACGCCGCCGACCAAGAGUUCUCCAAGUUCGACCAGGGUCCCCUUCUAGAGCAACCUGCCUUUGUACCUGAUACCCCGGCCACACCGACUGCCCCAGCCCCAGCCCCAGUUCACUCCGAGCUCCCUCAGACCCCAACCAACGGCCACGAUGAAAAGUCCCAAUACACCACUACUCAGGCCGAGGCCAUGGCUGCUGAAGAGGACCGCUGGGCGCAGAUCCGCAAGAACGCCGCCGAGCGUCAAGCUGCCGAAGCUACAGACUCUGCCCCUGCCCGCCCUAGUGAGGAGCCCGAGGCACGCGUCAGUCAGUCAGAACGCUCUGACGAGGGCGAUACCAGCGGCGAAGAGACUAUCGAGUCGCGUGUCGCCCGCAUCAAGGCCCGCGUUGCCGAAUUGACCGGCCAAACCGCUUAA